GUCCGUUCUACUAAUCCAUCCAUUCUCCAUUCGCAGAUGUGCUAAGAAGACAAAUUAUGGUGGCAGAAAUUGUCGCCCGUCAGAGUGGAUCGCCCAUCAAUGGUGAGACCGCGUGUCUGAACAGCAAUAUGCCGGCCACCCACACGAUAGCGCACACGAGCCACGGUGGCCACGGUGGCCACGAUGCUCACGGGCCCCUGCCGCCUCUCACGCAUCCCGUCCAUCACGGCGGGCCACCGUUAACGUUGCAACAACAGCAACAACAGCAACAUCAACACCAGCCCCAACACCAGCCGCCGCCGCCCCAGCAGCAACCGCCGCAGCAACACCAUCACCACCACCAACCGCAGCAACAGACGCAGCAACAGCAGCAACAGUCGCACCACCACCACGACGCCCAACAGCGCAAGCAACGGGAGUUCAUUCCGGACAACAAGAAGGACGACAGCUAUUGGGACCGUAGAAGGCGUAACAACGAGGCGGCCAAACGAUCGCGAGAGAAGAGGCGUUUCAACGACAUGGUGCUCGAGCAGCGAGUGAUGGAGCUCAGCAAGGAGAAUCACAUUCUGAAGGCGCAGCUCGAGGCGAUACGCGAUAAAUUCGGCAUCUGCGGCGAGUCCGUGAUCAGCACCGAGCACGUGUUGGCUGCCUUACCCACCGAGCCGCCGAUAGGCGUGAAAAGGGCGAAGAUACCGCCCUCUGCGGCCCUCCUCUACGCGAGAACGCCGAGCCCUGUCCACACGUCGGUCAUACAUCAGCCGGUAAGCGGCGCGAGAUCGCCGAGAUCGCCGGCGCAGUUGUACGUGGCCGAGACGACCUCGUAUCCGGAAACGGAGAGCUUCCAAUACACUUACCCCCACCCAGCGAUGCAUCUCGACACGACGAGCGCCCUCAACCUGUCGCGCGGUCGACGCGCCCAGUCACCGUUCGAGUUGUCGUCCGGGAGCGGGGACGAGGGUCCCCAAUUGGUCGUGAGCUCGCAAAAUCCAGCCGCCAACAACAGUCUACCUCACAAACUGAGGCACAAGUCGCGCAUAGGCGACAAGGACGCGGCGAGCGCUCUGCUGGCCCUGCAGGGUAUUAAACAGGAGCCGGGGCCGAGGGCGUCACCUCCGUGGGACAACGAGGGCUCGAGCGACGAACGCGACUCGGGCAUCUCAUUGGGCGCCGAGUGGACCGGCUCGACCGUUUCCACCGUCCCCGAGAACGAGAGGGAGGUAAAGUCGAGGUUGGAUCGCCUCGCCUCCGAGGUGGCGUCCCUGCAAUCGAUACUUCGCAUCGGGAAACCGGCGGAGAGCAGUCUGGUCACGGGUCACUCGUUACCCCCGAACGCCGCCGUGAACGGGCCGUGAAACGGGUGGGCCUCGUCGUAUCCUCUUCAUUAGAUUUCUCGGAGUGAGCGGGCGAAACGUUGAACACGUUGCUCUUCGAGGAGCUCUUUAUAUCGCGACGAUUUCUCGAACGCGAGAAUGGCGAGAGAGAGAGAGAGAGAGAGACUUCUCGAUCGCACGCGCAAACGAGCGUGACGAUGACGAUAAUGGUUGAUAGAUAAUAGAUGGGAGUAGCAGUCGAGUGAUCGUCGCUUGAUCUAUACGUUUUUUCUUCACAUAUAUGCGUAUAAAGCAGCGUGAAUCGAAGCAGAGAGACGAAGAGGAAGGAGUGUACAUCUGUCGAACAAUUACGAUUACCAACUUUUUGCAGUAUUGGAUCAACGUGUACUUGUUUUGGUAACGGCGGCCAAUUGAAUACGUUUCUUCUCUUGUUUCUAAUAAGGAGUAAGGACUAAACACGAUCGACGAGACGAAUCGAGGAUGCGUUUCUCUGUUUUUUUUUUCGGGUGCCCUAUUUGCCAAAAUGGGACUCCCUCUUUUUGUCCCACGGUAUCGUAAGGAUUAGAUGAUAAGGAAGAUGCGAUAUCUGUAGGCUAUAAAUAACUUAUGUAAGUAAGAUUUUCUUAAGAUACUUUCGUUUAAUUAUUAUUAUUAUUAUGUUAUUAUUAUUGUUCUUAUUAUUAUUAUUAUUAUUAUUAUUAUUAUUAUUAUUAUUAUUAUUAUUAUUACUAUUAUUACUAUUAUUAUUAUUAUCAUUGCUAUUCAUUAGUGAAUUCAUUUUACUUGAUUGGAAAUAUGGUGCGGCGACUAAUCGAAGCGAUAAUCCAUUCGUGCACUUAGAUUUGAAGCAACGUUUCGAAUAGCUCGAAGAUUCGAUAUAUUCGAUUCGAUGCGACGAUCCCUUGGCGGACGAGAAAACCAAACUCGUCGAUUCGAAGAUCUUUGGACGACUCGUUUUUAUUUAUCCUCGUUGAAUUAAAAUUCUAAUUGUAAUAUAUUAAUAAACGCGUCUUGUAAUAAAAUU